GACUCUCUCUCCGCACCUGGCGGGACCAGGCGUCGUCUGCUGCCCGUGACUCCAGAAAGCUUGAGGCUGCGGUGGGAGCUGCGGCUCUCCGUCCGCCACGAUGGCCCUUAAGAUGCCAAUGCUCAAGACCCUGCUGGUCUUCUACCUGUUCCUGAACCUGGACUUCCGCUGCGGCUUCCUGCAGAAGCCGCCCAGCUCCGAAGAGAAGACGGAGGACAACAUCACCAUGUACACCCGCAUCCUGGACGGGCUCCUGGAGGGCUACGACAAGAGGCUGCGGCCCGGCUUCGGAGAGUGGACCACCGUGGUGAACACUGACAUCCUGGUGACCAGCAUUGGCCCGGUGUCCGACACGCAGAUGGAAUACACCAUCGACGUGUUCUUCCGCCAAAGCUGGAAUGAUGAGCGGCUGCAGUUCGAGGGGCCCAUACGUAGCCUGUCGCUCAACAACAUGAUGGCCGGCAAGAUCUGGACCCCGGACACCUACUUCCACAACAGCAAGAAGUCCGUCGUGCACAACACGACCACGCCCAACAAGCUGCUGCGGCUGGAGUCGGACGGGACCCUGCUCUACACCAUGCGCCUGACCAUCUCUGCCGACUGCCCCAUGCAGCUCUACAACUUCCCCAUGGACGAGCACACCUGCUCCCUGAAAUUCGGAAGCUACGCGUACACCAGCGAGGAAAUCACCUACGUGUGGCUGGACACGAAUGCCACUAACGGGCUGGAUGUGGCUGAGGAUGGCUCCCGGCUGACCCAGUACUACCUGACGGGGUUCGAGACACACUCGGGCAGCUGCUCCACCAGCGUAGGCAAUUUCACGGUCCUGACGGCGGACUUCCACCUGAAGAGGAAGCUGGGCUACUUCCUCACCCAGACCUACCUGCCCUGCAUCAUGACCGUCAUCCUGUCCCAGGUGUCCUUCUGGGUGAACCGGGAGUCCGUGCCCGCCCGCACCGUGUUCGGGGUGACCACGGUGCUGACCAUGACCACCCUCAGCAUCAGUGCCCGGAACAUGCUGCCCAAGGUGUCCUACGCCACCUCCAUGGACUGGUUCAUCGCCGUGUGCCACGGCUUCGUGUUCUCCGCGCUCAUCGAGUUUGCCAUCGUCAACUACUUCACCAAGAGGAGCUGGGCCUGGGACGGCCAGGGCGACGCGGGCAGAAACAGGAACAUGGCGGCGCUGACCCAGAGGCCGCCAGGGAACCCCUUUCCCGAACCACCCUUGUUUGGACACCUCCUCAUGCCCCGCAUCUGGGAGCUAGAGAGCGUCCCUGUGGGCCGCAACCCUGCAGGUCAGCACAGUGGCCUGCGUGUUUGUGAGGGAGGAAAUAGCCAGGAGGGCACGUUCACAGAGCCCCCGAGAGGGACCGUGGAGCUGGGAGGACAGCGCCAGUGCCUGUCUGAGGCCGGCGCUGCCUGA